UUAUAUGUUAUAAAUAAAGUAACGCAGAGGCAGUAGUUUUAGUGAAAGAGCGUUAACGGUCAUGUCUAGACUCCAUCAGUGUUUAUUGAAGCAAUCUGUUCGCACCAUGACAUCGUAAAUAAUUGCGAAAUUGUGAGAAGAGAAUUAAUGUGCAGCAAAUAAAAAAAGCAACACAUGGUCGUUUAUUCCAUUGCAUUUAUUGAAUGGAGAUACGAAUGCAGCACAGAGGUGAUAUCGGUGAUGAUUGUUCAUAGUGAUCUUUAAAUAUGGAAUUUAAUGCAUUUAAUCAUGAGAACAAUAGUGAUAAUUAUAGUUACAACGGACAAAAUAUAUCCGACAAUGAUCAAUCUUCAUGGAUUAAUGCGGCUCAAAUUACGAGAAAUGUUUUGAUUCCCGUUAUAUCAAUUGUUGGACUUGUAGGAAAUACGCUGUCUCUUUUAGUGUUCAUGUCGAAACGAAUGCGGAAAUCACCUUGCUCAGUAUUCCAGGCAUCUCUGGCAGUUGUUGACAACACUUUCUUAGUUGGAUUAUUAGUAACGUGGAUCGAUGGCGAGUGCCAAGCAUUCCUUACAAUUGACUUUGCAUGCCAACUACUUAUAUUUAUCACAUAUGUGACAAGUUUUCUCAGUGUUUGGUUUAUAGUGGGAUUUACAUGCGAACGUUUCUUUGCCAUUUAUUUCCCACUUCGUCGUCAAUUGAUGUGUAAUGCCCGUCGCCAGAAAAUAAUUGUGGCCGUUUUAACGUGUAUUGGCUCUGUUUUGUACCAAUUUAGUUUCUGGACACUUGAAAUGCAGCAAUGGGAUGAUUCUUUGAAAUGCUUAUUUAAGCCUGAACAUUAUAGGUUUUUGAACAUUGUGGUUUGGAUUGACACGUUCGUUACAAUGGUUAUUCCAUUUAUUGUCAUUACAAUUCUUAACACGUUAAUAGUGCGUGCUGUUUUUAAUUGCCAACCUAGGCGUAAGGAACAAGUGCCUUUAGUUUCGGUUUCUCGAACAGACACACAUACAAGUAUAAAUAGGAGAAAAGAUGAUGCUAAUGAGGGCGGAAGUGGUCAUGAUGAACAUAGAGAUUCACAACGGCCCAUUAUCCAAGGGUUGAAAAGAAACGGCUUAAAACAUUCGAGACGAGGAUUGAACUUACGUGUGACUAAACGGUUAUUGCUAGUCUCUUCAAUGUUUUUGUUACUGAACCUCCCGUCACAUAUAAUACGACUACAUAAUCUGAUAGUGUCUGCAACAUCAAACCAUGACACUGUUACCCCUCGGUUUUUCUUUCUCCAAGAACUAACAUUACUGUGGUAUUAUACGACGUUUAGUUGUAAUUUCUUUCUGUAUAUUGCAAUGGGGAACAACUUUAAAGAAACUCUGCUGCAUUUACUUCAUUGUAGGAAAAGCACUUACAGCUCAAGAAGGGAAAUGUUACUAAAGUUGAGAUCUACAAGAGGGAGUCAGUCGAGUCGCACAACAUUACUGUAGAGUCAAUCAUCUCCAGUACUAUAUAAAUCGUAAAACUUCGAUAACUAUUGUGUUUUAUUAUGCGAUUCCUUUUAGUCAAUACACAUCGUACCAAAGUAAUUUUAAUUUAUUGCUAACUACGACUACGAAACUUCGAUCGGAUAGUAAACAAAAUAAGGAAAUGAAACAUUCUAUCAUGAGAAAUGACUUCACUUAAUCUAAACAUGACAGUGUAAUUCAAGCACACUUAGGAGUUUUCGUUAUAAUUCCUUUAAUUCUUCAAUUGCCUUAUCUCCUUCCAGGAUGUAACACUUUAAAAGCUUGAAAAAAUGU